AUGAGGCAUUUUCUUACUUCUCUGUAUCUGCUGGGAACUUUUUUACAUACUUUGACUAAAUGCGCAAUGUCAGCCACAGACUUCCAUCUGGAUGGAGAUUAUUUGAUUGGUGGACUUUUUAAUAUUCAUUAUGCCAGUGGCGGUCUUUAUCAAACGAAACCACAGGCCAUUGACUGUUCCAGUCAACUAUUCAGUCUCUCAGACUAUCGGAGGUUUCAGAUGAUGAGAUUUGCUGUGGAACAAAUUAAUAACUCUACCUACAUACUGCCAAAUGUGUCCCUUGGGUAUGACAUAUUUGACCACUGCUCAGUUACAAAGAACUUCCCAGGAAUUUUAAAUCUUAUCUCAGUAAAUGGCCUGAUUCAAUCUUGGUUUGAACCACUCAAGAAUUUUUCCAGAGUGAUGGCAGUGGUUGGCCCUUUUACAAGCACAGAUGCCCUGACUAUAGCCCCACUCUUCAUGACAGAUCUCAUUCCUUUGGUCAGUUAUGGAGUUGGCAGCUCUCGCCUAUCAAAUAAAAUAAAAUUUCCUUCCUUCCUACGGACAGUGCAUUCCAAUGACGGAAUGAUUGAAGUCAUUGUUAAGAUUAUAGUCCACUUCAAUUGGCGCUGGGUUGCUUUCCUUAACAGUGAUGACGAUUAUGGUCGUGAUGGCCUAGAUCUUUUUAUAAAGAAGAUCGACGGUACUGACAUCUGCCUAGCUUAUACGAAAGCUCUCAAUGACAAUACAAACUACUCCCAAAUAUUCCAACAGAUAGAAGCACAAAAAAUACAUGUUGUCAUUGUUUUUGCUCCAGAAGCGACUUCAGAAGCUCUUGUUGAGACAGCAGUACAAGUGAAUUUCAGAAAUAAAGUGUGGAUAGCAUGUGACACCUGGUCCAUAAACAAAAGGCUUUCCAAGAUGAAAGAAAUCAGAAACAUUGGAACUGUACUAGGUGUGUCUCAGCCAGUAGAGACAGUACCCGGCUUCAAUAAUUUUAUCUACUCUACCAAAAGACAAACGUUUUUUAAAAAUGAAGCACAAAAUGUGUUUUGUAAUCAGGCUUGCAACUGCAGCUACGUGACUCCAGAGGAUAUCAUUUCAGCAGAUUCAUCUUAUUCCUUUACUGUUUAUUCAGCUGUGUAUGCCAUUGCUCACGGUUUACACAAUGCCUUGCAAUGUGGAGAUGGUAAAUGCAGUGAUAAUAUUACCAUGUUCCCAUAUAUGGUUUUAGAAGAGCUGAAGAAGUCAAACUUUACACUUUUAAACCAGAAUAUUCAAUUUGAUGAGAACGGAGAUUUCAAGUCUGGAUCAUACUCAAUAGUUUUCUGGAAUCAGACUGGAGAUGCACAGGAAAUUGGCUUUUACAGCUUUUAUCCAUCUGUUCAAUUCUUCAUCAACAACACCAUGAUUAAAUGGUACACAGAUGGAGAUGUACCGACUUCAUUUUGUUCAGCAGAAUGUCCUAUUGGAUAUGUACAAAAGCAAACUGGAAUCCACAAAUGCUGUUUCAACUGUGAAAUAUGUCCAAAUGGAACCUAUAUCAACGUCACAGAGGAUCCCUACAACUGCAUCAACUGCAAAGACACGCAAUGGUCUGAAAAAGGAAGUACAUCAUGUGAUCUGCGUGUAGUGGAGUACAUGCCAUUUACAGACAGCUGGGCUAUACUGAUCAUGGUUGGUGCCUGGGCCUUAGUGGGCAUGACAUUAUCCAUGUCUGUUCUCUUUGUUGUUAACUACAACACACCUGUUGUCAAAUCUGCUGGAGGACCAAUGUGUUUCCUUAUUUUAGGCUGUCUCAGCCUGUCUAGUCUUAGUGUAUUUUUUUACUUUGGCAAGCCAACAGUAGCUUUCUGUAUUUUAAGAUACUUACCAUUUCUCUUAUUCUACACUAUUUGUUUAGCAUGUUUUGUUGUGCGAUCUUUUCAGAUUGUUUGCAUUUUCAAAAUAGCAGCAAAGGUCCCAAAGCUUUACAGUUGGUGGAUGAAAUAUCACGGACAGCAGCUAGUCAUCACUGUGGCAUUUAUCACUGAGGCUUUCUUGCUUCUUAUUAGCUAUUCAUAUGCCGCGCCCAAACCCUACCAAGACAAAGUUUGGUACCCAGACAAAAUCAUACUUGAUUGUGAAAUUAAUCCUAAAGCAAUAUCUUGCUCUGUGAUUUUACCUUUAUUGUUGUGCUCUCUUUGCUUUGUUUUCUCCUACAUGGGAAAGGACCUACCAAAAAACUACAAUGAGGCCAAAGCAAUAACUUUUUGUCUCCUCCUGCUGAUCUUCACCUGGAUCAUUUUUGUCACACAAUAUAUGCUUUACCAUGGGAAAUUCAUCCUAAUGUUUAAUGCUCUGGCUGUACUCUCCAGUCUCUACUCCUUUCUGUUGUGGUACUUCCUCCCAAAAUGUUACAUCAUAAUUUUUCAACCACACCGAAACACACCUAAGUACUUCCAAGGUCUCAUUCAAAAUUAUACCAAAACAAUUAGCCAAUAG